UAUGGCGGACGCGGUGACGUAUGCGGCAAGCGACCAAGACGCCGAUGGCGGGAUCGAGUUAUGACAAUAGAAAGACCAACGAAGAAGAAAUCUUUUCCGCAUUCGUCACGCUUAGUUCAACUUUCGAUGAAUGUUCACCACACGCGUGUUUUUAUGUUUAAAAAUGGCGAGAGUGAAGGACAAACGACGGCACAACACCAGCGUGGCCAGUGAGAUUGACCGCUUGGAGGAGCGGCGGACUCGUUGCCAUGACAACCUGGAAAAGGCCCUCUUCAAGAGCAGGAAGGGGAUGUUGUCCGAGGAGGAGAGGCAACAACUGGAAAACGAAAUGACAGUCAUGAACGAAAGGGUGCGCAAUUUGGACAAGGAGUUGCAGCUGCUGCGAGCGCAGAACAGGAGGAACGCGUUGCUGUCGGCCGCCGUGCUGGCCGCCUGCGCCGUCUUCUACUACAUCUUCAUCUACGAUGGCCACGAACAAAUCAUGACGACAAAAUCGUGACGCUUCAACACUUGUAGAUCUCAGGGACAUCCUGCAUCAAGAUUACUGACCAAACAAACUACCAAGUGCCUCCCGCCUGCCUGCUUGUUAUGGAAGCAGCGUCUGAGCAUUUUAUCCGACACUUUUUACGUCACGUCUUCAUCAUAUCACACGAGCUUACUGUCAAAUGAGAGCAGCCUUUCCAAUUCUUUCUACAAACGUGCAAUAAUUGACUUCUCUGCAUGUCACAGUAUGAUUUAACGGACAAUAAAGUGACUUGAACAAUGCACACAUUCAUUCUGUGCCAAUCGUAUUUAUUAUUGAUUAAUAUGAUGAGAAUUACUAUUGCAACCGCAGCUGAUAUUUAACAAAUGCUGUCUUUAAAGAUGACGCCGGCUUCACUCAUAAAUGGUCUGCUUUUGUCAAUCUGGAAUUUGAGAUGAUUAUUGUUUUCCUCUAGUUUAUUUUAAGU